AUGGCCUUUUGUGGUCUGCUUGUGGUUUUGUUGAUCCAGUGGCUACAGACAUGGAGGAAGCCAAGGUGCAACGGAAAGCUCCCUCCUGGUUCCAUGGGCUGGCCCAUUCUAGGAGAAACCCUUCAGUUCUUCAAGCCUUAUACGACAUUCGAUAUCUCUCCAUUUGUCAAAGAGAGGAUGAAGAGAUAUGGGCCAGUGUUCAAAACAAGCUUAGUCGGCCGACCCCUUGUAAUAUCAACCGACCCAGAGCUGAACCAUUUUGUAUUCCAGCAAGAGGGAAGGCUGUUUCAGAGCUGGUAUCCUGACACAUUUAAAGAGAUAUUUGGAAAAGAGAACGUUGGAGAAUUGCAUGGCUACAUGUACAAAUAUCUCAAGACUUUGGUUCUUAGGUUGUUUGGCCCUGAAAACCUUAAAGAGUUUAUGCUUCAAGACAUGGAGAAGCUGGCUCGUGACAGACUCAACUUCUGGUCUCGCCAAUCAUGUAUUGAGAUCAAAGAUCUCAUCUCAGCUAUGAUCUUUGAACUCACAGCUAAGAAGUUGAUUGGGUAUGGGGCUUCUAAUGGAUUGGAGGAUAUGAGGAGCAAUUUUGUUGCUUUCAUACUUGGACUAAUCUCCUUUCCAGUGAACGUUCCGGGAACUGCAUAUCAUAAAUGUUUGCAGGAAUGUUAUACAGGACGUAAGAAAAUAAUGAAGAUAUUGAAGAGAAUUCUUGCAGAGAGAAUGAAAUCACCGAAUAAGGACUGCAACGAUUUCUUUGACUGCAUAAUUGAAGAGCUCCAUAAGGAAAGACCAAUUUUAACAGAGGCGAUAGCUCUAGAUUUGAUUUUUGUACUUCUUUUUGCCAGCUUUGAGACCACCUCCCUAGCUCUUACCCUUGUUGUCAAACUCCUUACCGAUCAUCCUAAAGUGCUUCAAAAUUUAAAGGAAGAGCAUGAUGAAAUUAUUAAGAACAGAGAGAACCCGGAUUCUGGAAUCACAUGGCGAGAAUAUAAAUCUAUGAGCUUCACAUUUCAAGUCAUCAACGAAGGCGUGAGGUUGGCAAACAUAGUUCCUGGGAUUUUCAGAAAGACAUUGAAAGACAUUCAAAUAAAAGGAUAUACCAUUCCAGCGGGAUGGGGGAUUAUGGUCUGUCCGCCGGCUGUUCAUUUGAACCCUGAGAUAUAUGAGGAUCCAUUGGCCUUCAAUCCAUGGAGAUGGAAGGAUAAACCGGAGCUUAGUGGUGGAACAAAAAAUUUUAUGGUUUUUGGAGGAGGGAUGAGGUUCUGUGUUGGGGCCGACUUUAGUAAGCUGCAAAUGGCUGUAUUCCUCCAUUGCUUAGUUACUAAGUACAGGUGGAAAGCUAUCAAAGGAGGGAAUAUAAUUCGGACACCAGGAUUAGGAUUUCCAGAUGGCUUCCAUCUUCAACUUUUCCCACUAGAAUGAAUAUAUAUCAA